AUGACGAAAAAGAGUAAAGAGUGGUACAUAAAGGUGGCAGAUUCAGAACAACGUUACACAUGGUUUGAUGAUGUAAGGAAAAAGCUCGAUUUUUUCAAGGCCGAAGAUGAUAAGGCACGAAAGCUUUCUUCUGUCUCUAUAAACAAAGUGCCCAUGUAUCUCAAGGACAACAGAGAUGCAUAUGAGCCUCGGGUAGUCUCUUUGGGCAUUUUUCAUCGCAGGAUAUCUCAACCACUCUCUGAAAUAGAGUUGUACAAAGUGGAGGCUGUAAAGCGAUUUGUGAAAAGACUCCCAGAAGCUCAGCAUCACGCGCACUUUCUAGUCGAAAGAGUGCAGCAGUUGCUUCCAGAAAUUAUAGCAAGCUAUGAAGGAGAAACAGAAUGCGAGCAAGAAAUACUUGCUUGGCUCUUCACUCUUGACGGAUGCUUCAUUCUUGAGACUCUCAGGCUUCUCAGCGAUGAACCACAAUGGAACGUUGAUCCCGUUUUUAAUAGAAACAGGGUCCGCUCUUGUCAAUUCGAUACAUUAACUGAUCUCCUAUUGCUUGAAAACCAGGUUCCCAUAGUCCUCCUCCUUAGGCUGUUGGAGAUGGAGGAGAAAUUAUCAGAAGAAACAGUGGGGACGGAGCUGCUUAGAAUGAUAUGUGACGGUAUAAUUGCCCUGGCUCACCCAUUCUCAUAUUCUCUUCAGCAAAAAAAAGGAGAGCAAGCUACAGAGUACAAAGAGCGCGAGGCCAAAUUGAGAAAGGCCCUCCAGUUGAAGUAUAAAAAUCUACACGAAUACAACCACAUUUUGAGAUUUUUGCAUGAUUUCAUUGUGCAUGUGUCCGAGACUACCCAUGAAGCAGAAGAUAUAGAGGAUGUUCACAUUACAGUACCAGAUGGCGUCCAUCAUCAUCGCCAUCGUGAUCUUCUCAUGGCUUCUGCUACAGAAUUAUGCAAUAAGGGAAUGAAGAUUAUACCGUACGAGGGAGUUCCGUCCGCAAAAUCCCUCUGUUUCGACACACAGAAAAGGAGUUUGUUUCUCCCUGUGAUAUGGAUAUCUGAUACUACAGAGAUGAUCUUCAGGAACCUCAUGGCUAUGGACGUCUGCCAAGAAAAAGAACUCAGCGUCAUUUCAGAGUAUGGGUUUCUGAUGAAUAGAUUGAUCCAGUCUGAGAAGGAUAUGGCUUUGCUGAGGAAGAAGGGAAUUAUUCAGAGCUCCAUUGGGAGUUAUAAGGAGGCGAGUGAUCUCUUCAAGGGUCUGGCAAAGGGGUUAACUUCACUUUCGCUAACGAAGAUAAGUUUGCAGAAUUGA